AGGAGACCCAAGCUGUGCUGUCUUGCUUUUCUGACUUAUCAGCACAAUCCGAGAACUCUGAAAUCUCUCCUUGGCCUCCGUCUGCUGUUACUUUAUCUCUCUGAGGCUUGAAGGCUUGUACCUAAUUGCUGCUUAGUCAUAGCCUGGGAUUCCAAAAGUACAUGGAAAUGAUGCAAAACAUGCUCCUGAACGGUGCGCAUGCUCUGCACCAUGGAGCAAAACCUUGCCAACGUGUCUUUGUUUUUCAGGGCAGCGCCAGUAGCCCCCAGUCCUCAUUUGUCCAAAUGUCAGGUUCCCCCACGCUGUCUGGCUACUACGGGAUGAGGAGACCAUUUGCCUCCGAGCUGGACUUCCACGGCACAAAGCAGCACCCCAGCGAGGUCUACGCGUCCCCGCUGGCAGCGAAGCCCUUCCCGGGAGACUCCUCUGCCGUCCAAGGGUACCCGCCACUGCUGGACCCCUACUUCAGCGACCAGUACGGGGACUAUCGCACCCCACCUGGCACCAGCUCCCUCUUUGGCACCUCCUCGCUGGCCCCACUCCUGCCGCCCUUCCCCAGCGACCAGGCACAUUUCUUCAUAAGAGACUCCUGGGAGCAGACCAUGCCCGACAGCCUCAACCCCCCGGACGUCGCCUGCUCUGACUCCCUGCAGACGCUGUCGACCGCAACCAGCUGCCUCCCCCAUGAGAGCAGCGGCACUUCCCAAUACCGGGGCUCGAGCUGGAGCUCCUCACUCCCUGGAGCCCAGUCCUACUCUCUGCACGCUCUGGAGGAUGUCCACUAUGCAUCCGGGUACCCCGGCACCUCGUCCUACUCCUUCCCGUCCUUUAUGACUGUAGCCAAUGACCUGACUCCCAAGAUGAUCCAUCUCUCGUCAGACGAGCCCAGCGAGACCACCUCCCUUCACGACAACUCCUCGUGGGGCAAAGAUGACGGGAGUCCGGUCUGGGGAACGUACGAAUGCAGGCGAACCUACUGAAGGAAGGCACUGGCAUGAAAGACGACUCAAACUGAUGAACUGCUUGUAGGAUCCUACCUGUAGUCGGUCGUUCAGCGCUGAGGAUAAGGAACUUCCUUAACAGGCCUCGAGGCAAGAGUGCUAGGAGGGCUUUCAGAUGAAGGACAAGGCCGUUUUUGAAGCAGCAUGUUGCUUUCUGCUCUGUUUAACUAUGUCAGUGUCAGGGCUCCUGGGUAGCUGAUAAACGGGGUCCACGAUCCACUACCCACUUGAAGUCAGUGGCGUUUGUGAGCUCAGGCUUAGGCCCAAUUUGGGAAAGGGGAAACCUUAAAGAUCUGCGUGGUCGUGGCGUUCGCUGAAGAAACGGGGCUCGGGUGCAGCUUUGUAGUGCUGGUGACACCGUGUCUGCUAGACAGCUUCUGCAGGGACUCGGCAAAGAGGGCAGGGAGCCUUUCCAGGGCACGUCUGUCUUGCGUAGUGCUCUCUAAGCAGGCAGAGCCGCGACCUCCAAACCCCGCUGCCCUGGCCCGGGGGAUUGCUCUGGGGUGGGGGUCACAAGGAGCUUUGUUCAGACAUACUAGGCCAUGACAAAUAAACCGGUGCAACCUAAACCCAAGUGCAGAGCACCGUUUAAGGGAGAGCUUGAGGCCUUGUGAAGGGCAGCCCAG